AUGAAGCAGUCGUCGCUCGAAAAGGACGUGGCCAUCGAAAAAAAGGCCGUGGAAAAGUCCGACGCUGAGCUCAAGAGCGCACUGGACAAGCUGGCCACAGAGCGAACUGCAGUUGCUGAGAGGGACGCCGAACUGAAGGCGGCGCUGGCCAAACUGGCCGAGCAGACCAAGAAGACUGCGCAACUGGAGAAGAGCAAAGAGACCUUUGAGAAGAAGAACAAGGCGUUGCUUAAGGAUCUCAGCGAGGCCAAGUCCGUGGAGCUCACCAUGGCCUCGCUGCUGUCGUCGUAUUACGAUGACGCGUUGGUGCUGGCGGAGCAAGCCGCUGUUUAUGCUCAGGAUACGUUGAAUGAGCAGUCGGGUACACUUGAACAAGUGCAGGUCCAUAUUGAAAACGCCAAGAAGACAGCGUGCGAUACGACUAGCAAGUUCUACAAGGAGAACCUGGCAUCGACGUUAGAUCCGAUUCUUGUGGAUGUACAGAAGACGGUGGACCCGAUCUGGGAGGAUGUACACAAGACCGUGAGCCCGCACGUGGAGAAAUACGUGCCUAUUGUGCAGAAUGAAGCUGCUAAGGCCAAGGAGCAAGUCGUGGUCUACUCACAGGAGGCUCUGCGCCGUGCCAAGAUUGCGCGUAUUGAAGCGAUCACGUUGUUGGAGAAGAACGAAUACGUGGCGCACCACGCUCAGAAGGUUAUUGAUGGAGUGCUGAUCCUUCUGGCGAUUCCACUGGUCCUAUUCCAGAUCCGCCUCGCGUUGCGCCUCGUGUGGUGGCUGUUCACCACGGCGCUGUGCGUGCUUACGUGUGGUUUGUGCUGCGGAUCCCGCAAGCGCAGCUACAAGACGAAGCGCAAAGUUGUGAAGAAAACGGCUAGUAUUAACCAGAGUUUGAAUGCGCCUCUGAAUGUCCCUGCCAAAACGACGACGACCAAGACGACGUCGGCUUCUUCUCAGAAGCGCAACAAGAAGGGCAAGAACUAG